UCGUUGUUGCGGGUGCAGCAUCCACAAAGAAGAAGAGGCGACAAUGGCCGAUAUUUCUCUGUACCUCACCAACGUGAACGUGUCUGUCGGACAGAGCAUGCAGAGCUCAAACCCGGGCAGAGACUUUGAGAGCGUGGAGCUCGGCGAGCUGGACAAGAGAGACGAGGAGCAGCAGAGGGAGAAGGCCCCUCGCAGGAUCAUCCAUUUCUCCAGCGGGGAGACGAUGGAGGAGUACAGCACCGACGAGGACGAGGGAGAGGACAAAGAAGCAGAGAGGAAAGACGCUGUCCUCCCGCCGGUCGAUGCGUCGAAGUUGACCUGGGGUCCGUACUUCUGGUUCCACAUGUGGAGAGCCGCCACGUCCACCAUCUCAGCCUGUGAUUAUUUGGGGGAGAGGAUGGCCUCUCUGUUUGGGAUAACUUCAGCCAAAUAUCAGUACGCUAUUGAUGAGUACUACAGGAUGAAGAAAGAGUAUAGGGAGGAAGAGAAAGAGGAAAACCGCCUUUCUGAGGAAGCAGAACGAUCCUUCGACCAGCAGCAGCCUCAGGGAGAUGAAGACGAGCCGAUCGCCGUGACGGGCCCGCUGGAGGAAGCCGCGGCUCACCCUGAUGUGACCUAUCAGAUCGAGGAUGAAAAUCAGGCGUCUUCGAACACCAUCAGAGUCCCUGCCAUCGUCACGGCAACCUAA